UAAUCUUAUUCACUUAUGUGACAACCAAGUUCACAUGGCUAUUCAGGCAUCUUCUGAAGAGAUUCUAGAGAAUGUGUGGGCUAAAAUUAUGAGCAGUGACAGAAGAGGUGAUGCAUCAGUAGAUUCUCCUCACUCUUUGGAAGAACAGCCUAACCCUGAUGGAAGAGAAGGGUCAAUGGAAAUUCUGAAAAGGCUUCCAAGUUUAGGGAGAUGGAUAUCAAUGGGGGCUGAUUUCUGGGAACAAAGUUUAUAUAGUAUUCUAACUGCUGCAACCAAUACAGAAGAUUCUGGUGACACCAUUAUGGGAAUUGGCACUGCUACUAGACACAAAAACAAGGUGGAAGCUGAUGGUGUGAGAGGAGAAAAGGUGGUAGCAAAACACUAUAGGGGAGUAAGGAGAAGGCCAUGGGGUAAAUAUGCAGCAGAGAUUAGAGAUUCAUCAAAGAAAGGUGCUAGAGUUUGGCUUGGCACAUUUGAAACUGCUGAAGAAGCAGCUCUGGCUUAUGACAAGGCUGCUUUGAGAAUUAGGGGUCCAAAAGCAUACCUCAACUUUCCACUUGAGACAGUUGUUGUUGCACAGGCUUCAGAAACAGGUCAGAAAGGAGCAGGUUGGGACACAGAAAAGAGUUACAAUGGCAUGAAGAAGAGAAAGGAAGGGUUUGUGGAUGUGGUGAAUGAAGAACCUGUAACCAAAAAAAUGGCAAGGUUGGAUAGGGUUCUGGAAAAUGAACUUGAUGUUUUUGUGUUUCAGGACUUGGGGAGUGAUUACUUGGACAAUUUGCUCUCUACUUUUUAACAUAGUGAUUAAGAUAGUCAUUGAAAGUGGUUACUCAGAAAUAUUUGA